CUACAGCCACCGGAGGUAGUGCUGAGAAUUGCAAUCAAUCUGCGGUAGCUGUUAAAUGUGUGUGCGUGCGUGCGUGCGUGAGUGUAAGAGAGGGAGCGAGAGAGAGAGUGAGUAAGUCGUACAUUGCGAUUCAGGACUCCUGAAUCUUGACAGCUGUGCGUGAAGUGAGGAAUGGAUCUCUGAAAGCCAGAAUCACAUCAUUAUCAAGUGGACAUAACAAUUAUUAUCGUCAUUAGUUAUAAGAGAAAAACGAAAAUUCCAUGCCGUUUUCUCUCUGGUGCGCCUGGUGGAGAGCCUGAGAGCCGAUGAGAAGUCGUGCCACCGGAUGCUUUUUCUUAUUCUGUGUUUUUUAACGCAGUCUGGAGGAAUGGACUCUAACAUGAGUCGCCAUGACAAUAGAGGACCCGCGUCUCCCGCGCUGACUUAGCGGCUAAUGCGUUAUACGCACUUGUUUCUGUUAUUGUUUUAUUUUAUCGUUUCCCUUCAUCCGUUACUGUGAUCAAAUAUGCGCUAACCUCGCCGUCGGGAGAGACAAGGGUGUUGUCAGAAAAAAAGAAAAAGGAGGUGGGGGUCGAGAGGUGUUUAUUCCCCCUUUUUCUGUUCCUUUAUUUUAACUUACCUUCUUUCUUUUAACGCGUUCUUCACUUUUUUCGUUCGCUGCUUUGAGAAAGAGACGAACGGACUGACGCGAGGACGGUAAAUUGAUGUGCGAGAGCCUGCGACACAUUCAUGACGAAUUACCUCUGAAAAAAUAUACCGAUGGCAUAAACACCGGCUUCAGGACUGAAGUCUGAAAAAUCACUGGAGAUUCCGCACGUCGAUGUAAAACCGUUGAAUCACGGGAUAUCCCGACUAUUUUGAUGAUUACUUGGGGCUCUACGUGGCUGCUGACAUGGCUUAUUGGUUAAGUCCACCCCUUCCUUUUGGGGGCCCCUGGUAGCUCGGGGCCCCAGGCGAUUGCCUACCUUUGCCUAAUGGAAACUAAUAAGCGGAUUGCAACAGAACGCAUGUUGAGGUAACGUCAGCAUGAAGUUCUUCAGGUUUCUGGGUCAGCAGGCCUCUUGUUUGCUCCACUGAGGAGACCCGCCUCUCUUCUUCAAACCCCUUACGCCUCCUUACUGUAUCCCAACGUUGCGACUUAGAAACUCUCACCCUUGUUUUUUCAUCCCCUAUCACUCACCCCACUCCAAUCAUGUCAUUGGUGGGCGUGGCGCGAUCGCGGCAGGAGUCAGGCCACUCCUGCCCACGCCGUGUAUCUGACACUUGUUUGGUGUGGCUGUUGGGAUUGGCGCUUCGCCUGACGCUCUCCUCCUGCCAGCGGGCAGACCUCACCGCCGCCAAGCACCCCAUGGUCACCACAGCCUACGGUAAGCUUCGGGGCAUACGCAAAGAGUUAAACAACGAGAUUCUAGGGCCGGUCGAGCAGUACUUGGGCGUCCCCUACGCCACCCCGCCAGUAGGCGAAAGGCGAUUCCUGCCCCCGGAGGCACCAGGCUCCUGGCAGGACAUCCGUAACGCUACCCAAUUUGCACCAGUGUGCCCCCAGAAUAUUCACGGAGUGUUGCCUGAGAUCAUGCUUCCUGUGUGGUUCACCGACAACUUGGACGCAGCGGCAGCAUACGUGCAGAACCAGAGCGAAGACUGUCUUUACCUCAAUGUCUACGUUCCCACAGAGGACGGUCCGCUCACAAAAAAACACGAUGAGUCUACGAUGAACAGGCCGAGGGACGAAGAUAUUAGAGAUCGCCGAAAGAAGCCUGUGAUGAUGUUUAUCCACGGAGGCUCGUACAUGGAGGGAACAGGAAACAUGUUUGAUGCCAGUGUUCUUGCCGCUUAUGGAAACGUGAUUGUCGUCACUCUGAACUACAGGUUGGGAGUUCUGGGUUUUCUGAGCACUGGAGAUCAGUCUGCUAAGGGGAAUUAUGGGCUGCUGGACCAGAUUCAGGCUCUGCGCUGGCUCAAUGAGAACAUCGGCCACUUUGGAGGAGACCCAGAGAGAAUCACCAUAUUUGGAUCCGGCGCCGGAGCUUCGUGCGUCAACCUUCUCAUCCUGUCCCAUCACUCUGAAGGUCUGUUCCAGAGGGCUAUUGCUCAGAGUGGCUCGGCCAUAUCCAGCUGGUCUGUAAACUACCGGCCGCUGAUGUACACCAAGAUCCUGGCCAAGAAGGUGGGCUGCAGCUACAGCGACACUGCCGAUCUGGUGGAAUGUCUGCGGAGAAAGAGUUACAGGGAGCUGGUGGAACAGGACAUCCAACCUGCACGCUACCACAUCGCAUUCGGACCUGUGCUGGACGGAGACGUGGUUCCCGACGACCCAGAAAUCCUCAUGCAGCAGGGGGAGUUCCUCAACUACGACAUCCUGCUGGGGGUGAAUCAGGGCGAAGGGCUGAAGUUUGUGGAUGACAGUGAGGGUGAUGAUGGAAUUUCUGCAGCUUCAUUCGAUUACACCAUAUCCAACUUUGUGGACAACCUGUACGGAUAUCCAGUCGGUAAAGACAUACUUCGGGAGACCAUAAAGUUCAUGUACACAGACUGGGCUGACCGAGAUAACGGUGACAUGCGGCGUAAAACUCUACUUGCGCUUUUCACUGACCACCAGUGGGUGGCGCCGGCGGUGGCCACAGCAAAGCUGCAUGCUGAGUUUCAGUCACCUGUUUAUUUUUACACCUUCCAUCACCAUUGCCAGACGGAGGCACGACCCGAGUGGGCAGAUGCAGCCCACGGCGAUGAGAUCCCGUACGUAUUCGGCGUUCCCAUGGUGGGCGCCACGGAUCUGUUUCCUUGCAACUUUUCCAAGAAUGAUGUCAUGCUCAGUGCCGUGGUGAUGACCUACUGGACCAACUUUGCCAAGAGUGGUGAUCCCAACAUUCCUGUGCCACAGGAUACUAAGUUCAUCCAUACCAAACCGAAUCGCUUUGAAGAGGUGAUCUGGACCAAGUUCAGCCCUAAAGACAAGCAGUACUUGCACAUCGGGCUGAAGCCUCGCAUCCGUGACAAUUACCGUGCCAACAAGGUGGCGUUCUGGCUGGAGCUGGUGCCUCACCUUCACACCCUGCAUAAAGAGAUCAUCGACUCAACCACACGACUUCCCCCCGGCCCACGUUCCACCCGCCACCCCACGGUCUCUACCUACUCGCCCGAUCCCGACCCAGAUGGUUCGGAGCGCCCUCGCUUCUCCCCCUUCCCGGACGAAACACGAGACUAUUCGACAGAGUUAAGCGUGACGGUGGCUGUCGGUGCGUCGCUACUCUUCCUGAACGUGCUGGCGUUCGCCGCAUUGUACUACAAACGCGACAAACGUCAUGAGCUGCUUCAACGGCGCCACCGCCGCCUCUCGCCCCAACGUGGGGCGGGGCCAGGUGUGGGCAUGGUGGGAGCCCCGCCCCAUAAUGACCUGGCGCUCAGCCAGGAGGAGGAACUAAUGUCCUUGCAGAUGAAGCAACAGAGGGUGGAGCUCGACCACGGAACGCCCCUUCCCCCACGUGGUCUCCAUGGCGACCUGGAUCCCCUGAGACCACCCGUGUGCCCGCCGGAUUACACUCUGGCGCUGCGACGGGCACCCGAGGACGUGCCACUCAUGACGACUAACACGCUUUCUAUGAUCCCCAGCACCAUCACUGGCAUGCAGCCUCUUCAUGCCUUCAACACAUACCCCCCUGCCCCGGCACCAAGUGCGGGGCACAGCAACAACGCCCUGCCCCACCAACACUCCACCACACGAGUAUAGUAGACCCUCUGAGGGGACCAGACCCCUGAACCAUAGGAACACAGACCUAAUAAGAGUGGUGCUUUACACGGAUAACAUCCAACACACCACUUGCAUUCUUUUUAACUCGUAUCCUCACCCACUACACUGUCUUUCUCUCUCUUUCUGUCUUUUUUCUUUUCAUUACCGUUCUUGGAUUGAGCAUUGAUGAAAGUUACGUGAGGAGAAAGCGUGGGCCAUUUUCCGCACUCGAUACAGCAGCUAUUACAUUACUGAGCUUCAUUUUUCUCCCUCAUUUUUUUCCCACGUUCCAUUGCCAUCUUUCUUUUUCUUAUCUUCUCCCCGACUUCUCCGCUGUAGCUGUUUCUAGUCCCCAAAAAAGAACAGUUUUUCCUACUUUGGACUGUUUUGUAAAUCAAGAAAACGUAUGUGUACAAUAUGUAUUAUUGAUAACCUUAUAAGGCUAUGAAUGAGAAAAGAUUCUACUAUCUAAUUUUUACCAGCAUUCUUGUGCCAAGUACUGUGAUCAUCGUCCUGUCAGACGCAGUCUCGUGGACAGACGUGGAAAGAAUCGCCUGAACUGGAUCUGAUCAAGGAAUUUAGAGAAUCGAGGGGAAAAGUGCCAAAUUUGUUUUUCUUUUCUUUGUUCCCUCUUUUUUUUCUGCUUUUUGAUUUAUUUUUGCCUUUCGUUUUGCACUGUUGUUUGCCUAUGGGGAGAAAUGAAAAAUACUAUAUGUUUAUAUCUAUAUAAAAAGUAAAGAUAUAGGAAUCUUACAUUUAUUUCUUACGCUUUGGGACAUUUGCAUGAUUUGUUUUGUUUUUUAUAAAAACCUGGACAACUGAGUUUAAAUCCACAUGCAAGAUUUAAGACUCAUCUUUCUUUGUCUUUAACUGUUGUCUUUUUCUGGAACAUCUCUUUUUACCACUCUUUCUUUUUAUUUUGUGCACUUAAAGGGGGAUUUUUUUUUCUCUGUAGAUACAUGCUCAUAAUGGCAAUGAAAACUGACGAUAAUAAAGAGAAUAAAUAGUUCCUUUCUUUUUUUUUAUUUAUAAAUACAGAAGCUCCCGGACUGAUCAGAUCCCCCUCCUGUCCUUCUUAUACCCCAAUUUUUCUCUCUGCUCGUGUAUUCCUCUGUAGUAUCACUGAGUUAAGGAAUGGUCACUGUGGUGCACUGUCUCUCCGUAAAGACUCUGACUCCGCCGAACGUCCAGUCUGACGGGAUCAACACCUGCGUCUCCGCACAGCUGGAGUCUCUCCCUGUCUCCUAUCCAGAGCCCAAGAGAGCUCGCAACCUAUCCAGAACAUUCUGAGUUUGAACUCACUUGUCAUUAGGCGGACAUCUUGUGAUAUGCCUUGUCACCAGACCUGCAGAUUCAGCCUCUCACCUCUUUACGUAUUUUUUCUGAAAUCUCUCUUUCAGGGUGCUGAGAACGAUCUGGGAAAGCAAGGUUCGAGUGUGCGCGUGCAAGUGCGUGUGUAUGAAUAUAAUGUAAGCUUGUAACGGGACAGAUGGGUCUCUGAACAAGAGGUCUUGAUACUGAAAAGCUUCUGGAACUUAGGUUUGGUCGGAAAAGUUUAAGCGUAUAACACGGACAUGAUCUGGAACACUGCGCGGCUGGCAGAGCCCUACAGUGGAAGAGGCGUCAUCCCUCACACCACUUAAAUAAACAUUUAUUAUACGCACACACUAAGGCGACUGUGCAUAUCGAGCUCAUUUUCUCCAUCCGUUUGGUUUGUUUUGUCUCGUUUUGACGUUUCUGUCAGUGGAAGGAUGACCACAAAAUACCACUUUCUGUCAUGCCAGACGUUCAGUACUGACAAAAAAAAAACAAGAUGCAAAAUGUACAUUUUUAUAAAUGUAAGAGCUGACAUGGUCUUUGUAAAUAUUUUGUUUAUUGUUGGGCUCACGGUCAAUCGCAUCCACUGUAAAAACAGGUGCAAGCUCAUUUAGCCAAUCGCAUCUCUCCAGUCAAUUCUGAAAUCCUGUAUUAGACGCCAAUUCGCUCUUUUGAUUUUAAAGGUAUUAAAGGUUUUUUUUGACAGUGUUUCAAAAGACAUUCAGUUGUAAUGAAUGUUGAGGGAAAUGAGACUAAAAUAAAUUCGCAUUAGAGGAGAUUCAAGUCAAAAAUGAGUGCGUUUUAUGGAAAUACUUGCAUUUGGAAUUCAAAUUUGCUGCAAAACCCGAUGUGCUUUAGUCUCUAGAGACAACAUAGUGGACAAAAGAGUUGCAGGCUGUAUAUGACGUUUUAAAUAAAUUGAAGUUGAAAUCAUUUGGGGGACAAAGUGAGAAAAGGUUGUAGCAAAAAAUAAAAACGGGAACAUUAAGGCCCAAUCCCAAUUCUAUUUUCUACCCCUUCGCCUACCCCUCGCCCCUUCCCCUUGCCCCUUGAAACAAAGUGGCAAGGGGAAGGGUUACAAAUUUUCCGCUAAGAAAUGGGACACCACUACUACACUGGUAUACGUCAUCAUACGUCGUUGCUAGCUCCUAACGUUACGUCAGAGGACAUGCGCCGAUGCACCGGGUAUAUGACAUAAAAAUAUCUUUUCUAAUAUCGUGCAAUCAGUGCUGUCCGCUAGCAAACUUCAGUGAAUUUUUUUGCAAACGUUAAAAGAACAUCACCGUAAAUACAAACACAAGAUUGAAUGUAACAUACAUAAAAUGAAAAAUUGUCAUAAAAAUCCUUAUUAAUGGCAAAAAUUACUUACAUUUAUUGGUCUGCUUGCUCGAGUGAGCAGCCAUGUUGGAAAUUUCUCUUAGCCCUUCGUUUGAAGUGAGGUCCCGAAAAAUCUUCGUUUGAAGGGCUAUCUGGCCCUUACCCCUACCCCUCCAACCAAAAGAGAAUUGAGACACCCCUUCACGUGAACGCGCCAAACGGAGGGGUAGGGGAAAGUGUAGGGGUAAGGGUUAGAAUUGGGACUGGGCCUAAAUGAAAGAAGUUUCAUUACCAUCAAUAGGCUGAAAACUAGCCUUCACGGGUUACACGUAGAAGCCCAUUUUAGUUCCUGGUAAGAGGCUUUAGGACAUAAAUCGCUCGAGUCAGCACCAUUUUCUUUCGAGGGGCCUGCUGUUUGAGUUUUUCUCCUGGGGUUUUUUCUAACGCUUCAGUGAACUAAAUGACACUGUGGGAUUGUUGUUUCUCUUACCUGGUUGUAAGUUCUUAGAAGUGUAACGUUACCCAAACCAUUUGAGAUUCGGGCUGGGGUGGGAUUCCAGAGUUUUGGUUUAUCUCUUUGUUGUGAAUUUGAGCUGCAUAUAUUUCAAAGUAGAGACUUUAAACAGUUCAUAUUUUUCUACAAAAUAACCGGAGAAAGGGGAUUCUACUGGCAACUAACAGACAUAUAGCACAUUCUCACCAGACGCAUAUGGUGAUAUUUUUUGUCUUGAUUGCCUAUGUAUUAUAGAGGAUUUAAAAAAUAAAGAAGAAAAACACGGAAAAAACAACUGUUGAGUAUUAAUGCUUGGUCGCCAAAAAAGACUUGCACCUGUUGAGUUUCAUUUUGUUGAAUUUCAGCAACGUUAAAAGGCUUGAGAUAAGGGGACUGUACGACCGUAACGGGUCUAAAGAAUUAAAUUCAUAUUUCUAUUUCCUAUACAGGCUACUACACACUGUAUGUUGUGUAUCUGAACUGGACAACAUUAAAAAAGGUUAUUAAACAUA